GGUAACCAUGGAGAAGAUGUGAAAGAAUGCUAUUAUUACUUAGAUUCCACCCCUACUCACUCGUACAUGAAAAUGUUGUACAAAUAUCCUCAGUCUGAGUAUCCAUAUUCACUGCUGGUAGAGGAGAACAGAAAAAGAGGGCUGAGUGACCCAGAGUAUGAGCUUGAAGACACAGGUGUAUUUGAUGAGAACAGAUACUGGGAUGUGACUGCAGAGUAUGCUAAGAAUACCCCCAAUGAUGUGCUGUGCAGGUACACAGUAGCCAACAGAGGGCCUGAGGAGGCCACACUGCAUGUGAUCCCAGUGCUGUGGUAUAGGAACACAUGGAUUUGGGGAUGCAAGCAUGAGGGUUGCACAAAAAAGCCAUCUAUGAAGCAACAUAAAGCAGGGGAACUUCAUUGCUCCCAUGAGACUUUAGGUCAAACAACUUUUAUUGCUGAUAAGGAUCCUUCUGGAAAGCUCCCAGCAUUUCUCUUCACUGAAAAUGAGACCAACUAUAGUAGACUUUAUAAUGUGGAUAAUUACACGCCUUACACAAAAGAUGCAUUCCAUAGAUAUAUUGUUAAUGGUGAGAAAGAUGCCAUUAAUCAUAAAUCUCGUGGGACCAAAGUAGGAAUGCACUACAUGGCCACAGUUAAACCAGGAGAACAGCAAACAUUUCAAGUCCGUUUCUUCCUACAGUCUGAAAAACCUAACACCAACAGCUAUUUUAGUAGUGAGAGUUUUGAUAAGGUUUUUGCACAGAGGAUGAAAGAAGCAGAUGAGUUUUAUGAAAAGGCCAUUCCAAACAAGUGCCCUCAGCAAAGAGCUGUUGCCCGUCAGGCUUAUGCUGGUUUAUUAUGGAGCAAACAAUUCUACCAUUACAUCAUCAAGGACUGGCUGAGUGGAGACCCAGAGAUGCCUGCACCACCUAGAGAGCGUUUUGAAGGCAGAAACAAAGAGUGGGGUCACUUAUUUAAUAGGGAUGUCAUAUCUAUGCCUGAUAAAUGGGAAUACCCAUGGUAUGCCAGCUGGGACCUUGCCUUCCACAUGCUUCCAUUUGCUGCCAUUGACAUUGACUUUGCCAAGGACCAGCUGUUACUGUUUCUCAGAGAAUGGUACAUGCACCCAAAUGGACAGAUCCCUGCCUAUGAGUUUGCCUUUGGUGAUGUUAACCCUCCUGUCCAUGCCUGGGCAGUCAGGAAGGUGUACAAGGCAACUGGACCCAGGGGCAGCAGAGACCAUAGGUUUCUAGCUCGUUGUUUCCAGAAGCUUAUUCUGAAUUUCACUUGGUGA